AUGCCUGCAGUUGAAGGUGCCGAAGAGUUUACAAUUGUAAGAGCACCCGUCGGCAAAGUGCGGGGUGCGAUACGCAGCGCACCGGAUGGCAAAAAUGUUUACGCCUUCACUGGUAUAAGGUACGCUCAGCCGCCUACUGGUCAACUUCGAUACCGGAAACCCCAACCUGAAGAACCAUGGGAGAACAGCAUUCGCGACGCAACGCAAAGACCUCCGUCAUGCAGUCAAACGAGCGUGUACCAAAGAAGACAUCUAAUCUGGGUUCCAUACCGUAAGUUGGCUUUUGCGACCAUGCACACUGUGUACAUGAGUGCCUCUGAAGAAAAGAACUUCGUCAAUCCGGUGGUGGUGGUGGUGGGUUUGACAAUUUUGAGCGAAGAUUGCCUCUAUUUAAAUGUUUGGACACCGACAUUGAACAACACGGCAAUGCUUCUGGUCAUGGCUUGGAUACACGGAGGCCAGUUUCUGGAUGGCUCGGCAGCGAUGCACUUAGAUGAUGGAGGAAACUUGGCUGCCCUUGGCAACGUGGUUGUCGUGACUAUCGGUUACAGGCUGCAGUCGUUCGGCUUCCUUUACGACGGAACCGAAGAAGCACCCGGAAACCAAGGCCUCUACGACCAACUGCUUGCUCUUGAGUGGAUUCAAAGCAAUAUCGGUGCAUUUGGUGGAGAUCCAGGAGAAGUAACACUUUUUGGAUGGAGUGCUGGGGGCGUGGUCAUUGGUUUCUUCCUGUCAAUGUCCGACGCUAGUUUACCGUUCAAGCAAGCCAUAGUGCAGAGUGGUCCAGCGUCAAUCAAAUUCCUGGCCAAAAACAACACAAUUGCUCUGAACGAUUCCCGCAAGUUUGCUUCCAUUUUUGGAUGCGCUAACAAGAGUUCUCAGAACGACACACCAUUUAACUUUGUCGCCUGCAUGCGGAAUGUCAAUGCCUCACUGAUAUUAGCUGUGGAGCAGAACUUUAAGGACAGUGGCAUUAUAUUUAUGCCAAUCUUUGGUGACGGACUUCUAAAAACCGAUCCAGAGGUGGCCACAUUCACAGGCCACCGGGACGUCCUUAUUGGACAUGUAGUGAACGAAGGAACUGUGAACCUCUACGCAAACUUUCCAGAUGUUUUCUCGAAGAUCCUCCAACCCCGACAAGUGGACAAAAGUGAAAUGGUUUACUAUCUAGGUGCAUUGCAUAAGGGCCUGUCGCUGCCUGAGAUACUAGGCCUUCGAGAUCUGUAG